CACAAGGCAGUGCUCCGGUCCGAAAGGGAGAGGGAGCUGCGGGGGGCUAGCGGAGCCAUUGAAAGCGGAGUGGGGUGGUGGUCCUCUUUUCUCCGAUCGGGGAGCUCCGAAAGACCGGAAACGUGCGGAAAGCGAAAACUGCGAAACGGAAGUGGGGUGUGUGCGCGCCCCCCCAUAUGCUCCGCAGCCUGAACUGGACAUUUAGGAUGUGAUCUCAGCUUCGUUCCUCUGAGAUCCGGACUGGGGACCCUGGAUUGCGGCGCGAGGUAGACUCGAACACCGAAGGCCUCAGUGCCCUCACCCAUUGGUACCUACCCCCCCACCGAUGGCAUUCAGACAAGCAGGCAUUGGGGUAAAGAGCGAAGCCAUCACUUUCCUAGAUAAUGACGUGUGACCAUGCAGGAGAACUAGAGACUGAGGCCCAUGCAGAGGUCGUAAACAUUUAUUAGCAGCAACCUUUGGUUCCUGAAAGCAACUCAGUUCAUCAACAGAGUCCACGAUGCCACGCAUAGAUACUGACAUUAAACUGGACUUCAAGGAUGUCCUUCUGAAGCCAAAACGGAGUACUCUCAAGUCCCGGAGUGAGGUGGAUCUCAUGAGGUCCUUCACCUUCCGCAACUCCAAGCAGACAUAUACUGGGAUACCCAUAAUUGCUGCCAACAUGGAUACUGUGGGGACCUUUGAGAUGGCCAAGGUUUUGUGCAAGUUCUCUCUCUUCACUGCCAUCCACAAACAUUAUACUCUGGAUGAGUGGAAGGAAUUUGCAGGUCAGAACCCAGAUUGCCUGCAGAAUGUGGCUGCCAGCACCGGCACUGCAGACCUGGAGCUCUUGGAGCAAAUCCUGGAGGCUGUGCCGCAGGUCCGCGCUAUCUGUCUGGAUGUGGCCAACGGUUACUCCGAACAUUUUGUCCAAUUCUUGAGGGACCUGCGGAAACGGUUUCCUGACCACACCAUCAUGGCCGGAAACGUAGUGACGGGGGAGAUGGUGGAGGAACUGAUUUUGUCGGGAGCCGACAUCAUCAAAGUGGGGAUUGGACCAGGCUCAGUUUGUACCACCCGAAGGAAGACAGGGGUGGGCUACCCUCAACUCAGCGCAGUCAUGGAGUGUGCGGACGCGGCCCACGGUCUUGGCGGACAUAUCAUCUCGGAUGGAGGCUGCAGCUGCCCAGGUGACGUGGCCAAGGCUUUCGGCGCCGGUGCAGACUUUGUGAUGGUGGGAGGGAUGUUGGCUGGACACACCGAAUCUGGGGGAGACCUGAUUGAAAAGGGGGGCAAGAAGUACAAGCUCUUCUACGGCAUGAGCUCCGAGGUUUCUAUGAAGAAGUACGCCGGAGGAGUGGCCGAAUAUCGGGCAUCUGAAGGCAAGGUGGUGGAAGUGCCAUUCAAGGGGGAUGUGGAACACACCUUGAGGGAUAUUCUGGGUGGCAUCCGCUCUACCUGCACGUACGUGGGAGCCGCCAAGCUGAAGGAGCUCAGCCGCAGGACAACCUUCAUCCGUGUCACCCAGCAAGCAAAUCCCAUCUUUGGGGGGACAGAUAAGCCGUGAUGUUCUACCCUGCACCCAACCGGGGUGCCGCUCCUGGGGGAAUCAAGCCUCUCAUACCCACCUAUCUCAUCUCAAAUUCCAAGCCAGACAGGAUGGCUCUUUUCCUUAGAAACGGAGUGAUU